AUGGCUCGCCUUGAAGUGUUUGCACUUGUGCUACAGAUGCAGCAAUUCGCUGGCACUGGCAGUUCUACCCUGUGGACCCGAGUACUCCAUGUCUCCAGUUUGGUCCUGGAAAAGCAAGCUGCCACGUUGGUAUGGUCAGGGUCGUGGCCUCCACCUGGUGCCAAGGACUGCGAGCGAGAACACAGCUCACUGCCUGAUGAGAAAGGAGGAAGGUGUACGCUGCUCGUUGUGCCUGGGGAUGAAUGGGGUUUCUGGAUUGGGCAGCCGUGGUCCACUGAAGGCGUCUCUGUGGGCCUUGGGAUCCAUGCAUCGUGGAUGUGGGGUGUGGAGAACGAAGGGAAGAGCAAGCGAGAAGCUAUGGGCAAGCGCAUGGCAAAUCCUAGGAAGCAUAUGGAGCAUAUGGACCUCUUGUACUAUAUCCUUUGCAGAGUCUAA